AGCUGAAAAAACCCACAAGGCACAAGCUUCUACUAUUAAAGAUAGAUAGAGAGAGAGAGAAGCUGUAAUAGCAAACACAGUAGAGAGAGAGAGAGAGAGAGAGAAGGCAUGCUUGUCGGCCAUAAGAGCUUCAAGCCAAAGCAAAACUUGCUUAUACUUUCCAUAAUAAUCAAAAAUCCUUAUUGGAAUAUACACUCAUCGAUUCUCAUCACUAUCUCUUUUUCUAGCUUCUCUUUUUAAUUCUUGGGAUCGUGGGAGCUAUCUAUAAAGUUUUAUUGGAUUUAAAAGCUCCUUUAUUUAUUUUCUCACCUUUUUGUGGGUUUUCUGAUUCUGCUUGAUUCCCAGAUCAAAGAUGAUCUCUUUUUGAUUCCCACAACAUCAAAUGAGAUCUCUCUCUCUCUCUCUCUGAGAGUUUUAAUUUGAGGAAUCAAAAAGACAAAAGCUGAGAGAGAGAUAUUCUACAACCCUUUACACAAGUGCUGAGUUUUUUUUAUCAAUGAGGAUUAAGACAGAACCACAACCAAUGUUUGGUGGAGUUUUGUUUCUUCUAACACUUGUGGUCUGGACAUCAGAAUGUCUGAACAGAGAUGGUCAGUUUCUAUUGGAGCUGAAGAACAGAGGAUUUCAAGAUUCAUUCAACCGUCUGCACAACUGGAACGGCAUUGACGAGACGCCGUGUAACUGGAUAGGUGUGAACUGCAGCAACAAUCUAACGGUGACAUCUCUUGAUCUGAACUCCAUGAACCUCACUGGUGUAUUAGCCCCAAGCAUUGGCGGUUUGGUUAACUUGGUCUACCUUAACCUCGCUUACAACGAGUUAACCGGAGACAUUCCUAAGGAGAUUGGGAACUGUUCUAAUCUAGAAGUUAUGUUUCUGAACAACAACCAGUUCGGUGGUUCUAUACCUGUCGAGAUCAAGGACUUGUCGGCUCUGAGAAGCUUCAACAUUUGCAAUAAUAAACUCUCCGGUCCUUUGCCUGAAGAGAUUGGCGACUUACAUAAUCUAGAAGAGCUUGUGGCUUAUACCAACAACUUGACCGGUCCACUGCCUCGUUCUAUAGGGAGACUCACCAAGCUGACGUCGUUUCGCGCAGGGCAAAACGAGUUCUCUGGAGAGCUUCCUAACGAGAUUGGUCAAUGCCUCAACUUGAAGCUUCUCGGUCUCGCGCAGAAUCUCAUCUCCGGAGAGCUUCCCAAGGAGAUUGGGAGGCUUGUUAAACUCCAGGAGGUGAUUCUCUGGCAGAACAAGUUCUCAGGAUCGAUUCCUAAAGAGAUUGGGAACCUCACAAGGCUUGAGAUACUUGCUUUGUACGUUAACUCGUUCGUUGGACCGAUACCUUCAGAGAUUGGUAACAUGAAGUCAUUGAAGAAGCUGUAUCUCUACCAAAACCAGCUGAAUGGGACUAUCCCAAGGGAGAUUGGGAACCUUACGAGAGCGAUGGAGAUCGAUUUUUCGGAGAAUAUGUUGACAGGAGAGAUCCCAGUUGAGCUGAGCAAGAUCAGUGAGCUGAAGCUGUUGUAUUUGUUUCAGAACAAGUUAACCGGAACCAUACCAAACGAGGUUAGCAGCUUGAAGAAUCUUGCGAAGCUUGAUCUCUCAAUUAACUCCUUAACCGGUCCUAUACCGUCCGGUUUCGAGAAUCUCACUUCGAUGCGUCAGCUUCAGCUCUUCCACAACUCCCUCAGCGGCGUGAUCCCUCAGGGUCUCGGCAUGUACAGUCCUCUAUGGGUUGUUGACUUCUCGGAGAACCAGCUCUCAGGGAAGAUACCGCCUUCUAUCUGCAACCAAUCGAAUCUCAUCUUAUUGAAUCUCGGUUCGAACCGGAUAUUCGGAGAAAUCCCGCCGGGUGUCCUGACCUGCAAACCGCUCCAGCAGCUUAGAGUAGUUGGGAACCGACUAACCGGUCAGUUCCCAACAGAUUUAUGCAAGCUUGUGAAUCUCUCGGCUAUUGAGCUGGAUCAAAACCGGUUUAGCGGACCGUUACCUGCCAAGAUAGAGAUUUGCCAGAAGCUUCAAAGGCUUCACCUCGCAGCUAACCGGUUCUCCUCAAGCCUACCUAAAGAAAUCAGCAAACUCUCCAACUUAGUCACUUUCAACGUCUCGUCAAACUCUCUAACCGGACCUAUCCCUUCGGAGAUCUCCAACUGCAAGAUGCUUCAACGACUCGACCUGAGCCGGAACAGUUUCGUCGGUCAUUUACCAUGCGAGCUAGGAAGCUUACAUCAGCUAGAGAUCCUCAGACUCAACGACAAUAGAUUAUCCGGCUACAUACCGUUCACCAUCGGUAACCUCACGCAUCUAACCGAGCUACAGAUGGGUGGAAACUUGUUUUCAGGGAGCAUACCGCCUCAGCUAGGCUCCCUCUCGAGUCUCCAAAUCGCGAUGAACUUGAGCUACAACGACUUCAGCGGUCAGAUACCGCCUGAGCUCGGGAAUCUUUAUCUACUUAUGUACCUUUCUCUUAACAACAACCACUUGAGCGGCGAGAUCCCGACGACGUUCGAGAACUUAUCGAGCCUACUCGGCUGCAACUUCUCCUACAACAACUUGACCGGCCCGCUUCCGCUCACGCCGCUCUUUCAAAACAUGACUCUAACUAGCUUCCUCGGAGAUAAAGGACUCUGCGGCGGGCAUUUGAGAAGCUGCGACUCUAACCUCUCUUCUUGGAGUAACCUUUCGCCUCUCAGAUCAGGCUCCGCGCGUCGCCGGAGGAUCAUUGUCAUCUUGUCUUCCGUCGUCGGCGGUGUAUCUCUUUUCCUCAUAGCUAUCGUGGUUCAUUUCCUUAGACAACACCCUGUGGAGGGUACAAAGCCUCCUUACGUGCGCGACAAGGAACCGUUUUUCGAAGAAUCUGACAUCUACUUCGUCCCGAAAGAACGGUUCACCGUUAAAGACAUCCUCGAGGCGACGAAGGGGUUCCACGAAAGCUACAUCAUCGGUAAAGGAGCGUGCGGGACGGUUUACAAAGCGGUUAUGCCGUCGGGUAAAACCAUCGCGGUUAAAAAGCUCGGAUCGAAUAGAGAAGGCGGUAACAACAAUAACACGGAUAACAGUUUCCGCGCGGAGAUUCUUACGCUAGGAAAGAUCCGGCACAGGAACAUUGUGAGGCUGUACAGUUUCUGUUACCACCAGGUCUCGAACUCGAAUCUCUUGCUGUACGAGUACAUGUCUCGAGGAAGCUUGGGUGAGAUUCUGCACGGAGGGAAGUCGUAUGGUCUUGACUGGCCGACUCGGUUUGGGAUCGCGCUCGGUGCGGCGGAAGGUCUUGCUUACUUGCAUCAUGAUUGUAAACCGAGGAUCAUUCACCGUGACAUCAAGUCUAACAACAUUUUGCUUGAUGAGAACUUUGAAGCUCAUGUCGGAGAUUUUGGUUUGGCUAAGGUCAUUGACAUGCCAGUGUCCAAAUCUGUCUCAGCCGUUGCUGGUUCAUAUGGUUACAUUGCUCCCGAGUAUGCAUACACAAUGAAAGUAACGGAGAAAUGCGAUAUCUACAGCUUCGGAGUUGUACUUCUUGAGUUGUUAACCGGAAAGACUCCGGUUCAACCGAUUGACCAAGGUGGAGAUCUUGCCACGUGGACAAGAAACCAUAUCAGAGAUCAUUCCUUGACAUGUGAGAUACUUGAUCCUUAUUUAACAAAGGUAGAAGACGAUGUGAUUCUUGCUCACAUGAUCACGGUUACGAAAAUUGCUGUGCUCUGUACUAAAGCUUCGCCGUCUGAUCGACCUACGAUGAGGGAAGUAGUGUUGAUGCUGAUAGAGUCGGGAGAACGUGCCGGGAAAGUGAUUGUGUCCGCCACGUGCGGCGAUUUACCUCCACCGGUGCAGUCGUGUUAACUUACUUGGUUUCUGUAUAGAUUAAAUAUGAUUUGUAUAGUCACUAUAGAAGAAAGAAAGCAUGAGCAUACGUAUAAAUCAUUCCUAGUUGGUUGAAAACUUGAAAUAAUAUUAGAAUUUUUUUGUU